GGGUCAUGUGACAUUCCCGUGACUUGCCUCCGACUUCAGUAAAUUUUGGCGUAAAGCGAGGAUCCGACUGAGAAAUGGAGAGCAAAAUGACAAAAUACCUGCUUAUUGGCAGUUUAUGUGUUGCAUUUGUGGCUGCCCAGAAUAACACGACGAUUGCUGCAACGACAACAGUUACAACACCAACAACAACAGUGAAAACUACCAUUGUGACUACGUCAACUACCAGCAGUGGAACAACAGCAACCCAAGCCCCAACUACAAGCAAUAGCACCAACAGUUCGACAACACAAUCGUCGACAACACAACCAUCGACAACACAACCAUCGACAACAACAUCACCGAUAACCACCUCUGCCAAACCAGAGUGGAAAACUUUUGUGGUGAGCAAUGGCAGUGUUGACUGCAUCAUUCUGCAAAUGAAUGCCCAGUUUACUAUCAAGUAUAUGGAUGUCGAGAACAAGACGAAAGAUGCUAAAUUCAUUCUGCCCCACAAUAGCAGUGCAGCAGUUGAAGGAAAUUGUUUGAACGCUUUGGAGACAAUUACAAUAAAUAUGUACGAUAAUGCUGUCAGUAUGACCAUGAGAUUCACUAAUGAUGGCAACAAUGUGGCAUUGGCAAAUGCCACUGUUGAGUACAACACCAAGGAUUCAACAGUGUUCCCCAAUGCAACAGAUGUGAAGAAUUCUUCAAACGGACAUUUUGAUAAUGUGCAAGCACCGGUUAACAGCUACUACAGAUGCAACUCUGCAAUUAAUCCAACAUUUGAUGAUAAAGUAUCUGUCACUAUUACUAACUUGAAAGUGACAGCCUUCAACCAGAACAACAAAACUGAUGAUUUUGGUGGGGGAAAAGAAACUGUAUGUUUAGCAGAUACACAAACAGACAACAUCGUACCCAUUGCUGUAGGUGCUGCGUUGGCAGGACUGGUUGUGAUUGUUCUCAUUGCUUACCUCAUCGGCAGGCGAACCAAUAGACAGGGAUACCAGUCCGUGUGAGGAGAACUGUUAUCAUAGGAUCCUAUUUAUAGUAACAUGGCUCAAGAAGUAGGUCGUGAUGACCUAUUUGUUUCUUUUUCAUUAAUUGGUGAUAUCAAGCUAAAAUGAUAACAGGUUGUAAUGACUUUGGAUUUUACUCUUCCGUUCCUAUAUAAUUGGUAACAUUUUAGUAGGUCAAUAUGACCUUUUUUUUUCCUUAAAUAGUUUUGAUUUCAACAAAGAUAUACAGAAAAAACACUGAAUUUUGAAUAAGAAACAGCCAAAAUGCAGAGUAAGAAUGGCUAUGUUGGAUUUUGAAAGGGGCAAGUAGACUUGAUAUUGUGUAGAUAUAAGGGAAACUCAUUAAAAAAAAUGUGCACCAUUUCCAUAACUGAUUAUAAAGACAAACUGAUAAAAAGAAGAAAAAAUCUGCAGUUGGUGUUACUUUUGCAGAUAUUUCUUCUGUUUUUGAUUUACUGCUAUAUCAACAUUUUGGGCUCACAGUAGCUCACAAUAGUUUCACUAGAUAUUAAAACAAGUUGCUAAAAAAAGGAACACAUUUUCUUUUAAUUUUUCUAGUUUGAUGUUUUUUCACUCCAAAUUCUGAUUUGGCUGAAUUUAGAGCUUAUGCCAGGCUCUGUAACAUCAGUCUUUUUUUUUUUUUUUAUAGUUAAUCGUUGAAGUUGACCACAACAGUGGUCUUUGUAUCAUUUCUGUUACUGUUGGAAGUUCACUUCUAGCUCCUCGACCUUUUCAAAAGGGGUGUUGUGAAAAUGUUUGGGGCUACAAAGGACUUUCUCAAACACUAUUUUAAAAUUGGGGUAUAUUUGGGGUUUGUGGGGUGGGUAAAUGAUAAAUAACAUAUUUGGGGUAGGGUAUUAUAGAUAGAUAUAUAUUGUUCUGGAAUGAAUGUGCAAGUUUUCAUACAAUCACAAAGUGAAAAUGUGAACACAAAUCUUUACUGUAAAUGACUAAGAUAUUAUUAUUUUCAGUUGUGUUUGUAAUUAAAGGAGGAAAACAAAUGGGGGAAAAUGCUUGUAUAAAUGAAGUCAUUUUGUGAAGAGAAUACUUUAUGUAAAUACUUUAAAAAUGUCUUUUCAAUGUACAAAUUCAUUAGUUGCAUUUUAAAUGACACCACAGAUCUCGAAAAUCCAACCUCCCAGAAAAAAAUCUAUACUUCAAGAUAUGUUUCUUACCAAGGCACAAAAUAAGUAUACUAGUAAUGGUUCUAAAGAAAGAAGAAAAAACAAGAUAAUAUUUCAUUUAAGUUUGUAGCAUAAGUUAUAUUGGACAACAAUGUAAACCAAUAUCUCUUUAAAAUAUGAUUAUAUAGAAGACAUACUGAUGUAAAGAAGAGAGCAUGGAUGGUACAAUUUCAGUCCCUGUUCACACCAGUUUUAACUUGAACCUGCUCGUAUUUCAUCAAUGCCAGAUUGUUUGUUAUAGUUUUAAAGAUACUGAAGUAAUGUGUAGCUUCCUAUAGUAGCCUUUACCUUUGUAGUCUCCAAAUUUGGGGAUUGGUUUAGACUGUAUGGUUUCAACUUUAACUUGGUGUGAAUGGGUUUCAGAUUGUCAAGACUCAAAAAUCAAAUGUCAUUAGUAAAAUGUCAUUGAUAAAGGAGACCAGAAUCCAAGUGCUUUGAUAUUUCUGAGUAAAUUCAGAGCAUUGGCAAUAUAUUUUUGUGAUGCAUAUUUUGUCAACACAUAAUAUUAGGACAUUCAAACAAAACUAGUGGGCAUAUUUAGAAAUGAAAAGAAAAUGAAGAAGCAGACCCGAAUAAGGGGUGCAACUUUGGGCAUGGGUGGGUGUUUAGUAAACGGAACUCGAGUGUAAGCUGUGAUACAGUGUUAAGGCUGAUGUAGAAACAUCUUUAUUUACUAUGUUAUAUACUCAAUUGGGCUUACUACUGUACAUAAUUUAGGUUGUCAUUAUGGUAAGAAUGUACGUUUUGAUGCUUUUGCAUGGUUGCUGCUUAUUCAGUAAGGUUGUCUUGAAGAGCUUCUGCAGCUUUAUGUCCUCCAUAUGGCCCAGGCUUCUUGAAUUUUGAUUUAUUGAUCACAGGAAUGGAUUGUUUCAAGAGGAUUAUUUGGAAUGUGAAAUAUAAGGACACCAUAAAAGGUAACAAAUGAAGAAAAAAGAAAUGCUGAUGAUAAAUUCUCCCUCAUUGUCAAGGCACUGUUGUCUAGAAACCAUGCUUUGGCAAUGGAUAAACUGAAGACUGUGCCUUAACUCGUCUAGGAGAAAAUCCCCCUGUUAGCUUUUGUUAUAUCAGUGUAAUUGCCACUCUCUAAUGCCAAUAUUUUUAUUAGAUGUAUUGUAAGAUUAAUUUUAAGUACUACAUUUGUCAUAAAUCUUUCUUUUUCUGUUGUUCUUGGUUAUAUAUAAUUACAGUCAUUGUUUAUGUUAUCCUGCCUGUAACUUUUUCUGACAAAUGUUUGUAUAUUGUUUUGUGUUUUUUUUUCUUUUUCUUGUCUAAUUUUUUCUCUUAAAUCUAGAUAAAGACCCCAAAAGAAAAAUAGUAAACCAUCAGUAGUUGUGAAACUCCCCGUUUAAAUCUGUACACAUAGUUUGCAUUCAACAUGAGACGACAAUUUCUUAUAUUAAUAUUUGUUGGGUAAACCACAAAAUAAUAAAGUAGUCUUUUCGAGUAAUGAUAAACAUACAUAUCUGUAAAGUAGUCAUAUUGAAUAAUGAUACUAAGAUAUCUGUUUUGGGAGGAAAAUACCAAAAAUACAGGUGAAAAUAAAGUAAAAGGUGUUCAAAUUUGAAAGAAGCAAAAUGAUCCGAUUUCCAUUCCAUGGUUUAGAAGGAAGAUGUGACAUUUUUAACUGCUUACCUGCUACACUGUAAAUUGUUUGCUUGCUAUGAAAGCAUUAAGUGUAAUUUUUUUUUUCUAGAAUAAACAUGAAUUUUUAAAA